CACACGAAGUGAUUCUUUUUAAAACGGUCUAUUUCCCCAGUUUUUGUGCGCGUGUAUACGUGCCUGCAGCUCCAUAAAGGCUGCAGCACCGGUGGCACCCAGAAGUGAACAAAGCGACCCGGAAGCGUUGUUCGAACUGGAGGCAGGCAGAAAGAACAACCAGCCUUUUUUUUCCUCUCCUUUUUCUUUUUUUUUGGUGUAUAUGAAAGCUGUGCUCGCAAGACAAUACCUGCAAUCAGAACCAAAGGAUGGCAGAGCCUCGAUUUAACAACCCUUAUUUUUGGCCACCACCGCCAUCCAUGCCUGGGCAGUCAUUUGUCCUGGAAGAAUCACAUGUAAACACAGUGUCAGUUUUCUGUUGAGCACGACCCGUUAACGCUUUCAGCUGGAUAACCUGGUACUCAUCAACAAGAUCAAGGAGCAACUGAUGGCCGAGAAGAUCCGACCCCUGCAUAUGCCACCUACCUCCACCCCUUCCCAGCAACCUUUGUUGGUGCCCACCUCAUCCUCGGAAGAUGCCGGCUCCCAGCAUGGCAUGCCGGGUCCCAAGCCACAGCUGCCGGGCCAACACCCGCCGCAGCAGUCUGAUAUCACUCUCCAAGCUCGUUCAGGUUCCAGCUCUGGACCAGAUGGAAGUAUGGACGAGAAGUUGGCUGUGAAGGCUAAAGGGUUAUGGGAGGACUGGCACAUGAGGGCCCUGAGUGAGCAGCACGCCCGCGCCAACCAUCGCUCAGGUCCAGCUCCUUCAUCUCGACCCGAAAGCCACAGCACCUCCGAGGCCCAAACCCCCACGACGCCAACCUCCAGCAGCCAAAACCGCAUGGGGGGCGCCCCCUCUCUCAACAUUAUCUCCGGGUUGGCGAGUGGUCCUGGCAUGGACCACAUGAAGGUUGGAGGCCUGGCAGGACUGUUGGGCCCCCCACCCAAGGCAACACGCGGGCGAAAGAAGAUUAAAGCUGAGAACGCGUCGGGUCCUUUGCUGGUGGUCCCUUAUCCUAUUCUAGCAGACCAAGGCUGUGUCACCGUGGCACCCAAAGAGGGCAAAACGUACAGGUGCAAAGUGUGCCCACUCACCUUCCUGACCAAGUCCGAGAUGCAGAUCCACUCUAAGUCUCACACGGAGGCCAAAGCACACAAGUGUCCCCACUGUUCCAAGACAUUCGCCAACGCCUCGUACCUGGCCCAGCACCUGCGUAUCCACCUGGACAUUAAACCGUAUCACUGCUCCUACUGCGACAACUCUUUCCGCCAGCUCUCACAUCUGCAGCAGCACACCAGAAUCCACACCGGCGACCGGCCUUAUAAAUGCGCUCACUCCGGAUGUGAAAAAGCUUUUACGCAGCUGUCCAAUCUCCAGUCUCACCAGAGGCAACACAAUAAAGACAAGCCGUACAAAUGUCCCAACUGCUACCGUUCCUACGCCGACUCGGCGUCGUUGCAGAUCCAUUUGUCGGCGCACGCCAUCAAAAACGCCAAGGCCUAUUGCUGUAGCAUGUGUGGCCGGGCGUACACCUCGGAGACCUACCUUAUGAAGCACAUGUCCAAACACACGGUGGUGGAACACCUAGUGAGCCACCAGUCCCCUCAGAGGACCGAGUCCCCCACCAUCCCCAUACGGAUAUCCCUUAUCUGAGCUGCCUGGCGCAGUGUAUCGGAUCUGUUCAGGGUCCAUGUUGGGCGCAAGCCUCACAGGCCCCGCACCUGCGGUUAUCUACGUAAGGCUUACAAUAGCAUUAUGACAGCCGACGUAUGCGUUCAGUGCUCGAGUCUGCAACAAGGGGGCGCCAUUUAGUGAAUGUAACAAUACCGGGAGAUGUUGUCCUGAGGACAGGGGAGUGGCGAAGACGGUCUUGCGUCAGAUUUAAUCAGCACUUUCGUAAGCGUCAUGGAAACGGCCUGCACCUGUUUUUGUAAAGAGCAGAUGAUUCUUUAUGGAUCAGAUAAUUUUUUUUUUCUUCAUCCUUCUCUGUUUGAUGGGAUUUGUCGGUGUGCCGGAUAAUUAAUUCCUCUCCCAGAAAAAGAAUUGAUCAAGUUGUCAAAAUGUUUGCUGGGUGUGUUCUGGAGACAUCCAAAGAGAAUCUUGAAGCACUUUGUAGGUCUCGUUGCUUUGGCCCAAAUUGUUGAAAUCUAAUUGGUUGGCACAACGCCAAAGGGCAUUCUUUAUCGGUGGCAGCUAGGAGCAGUGACGGACGGUGUCGAGAGAAGAAAACAAAACGAAACGGGCUACUGUGUUACCGUUGUUUGUUUCACUCACAUGGUUGUUCAAGAACACGCUGACAGGGUUGUUGAAAUUUCGAGAGGCAAUCAUAGAUGACAAUGAUGGCAUUUAUUGAUUGUAUUGUUUUAUGAAUGCGAGGAAGGAAGGAGUACAGACGCAUAAAAGGGAAGCAAAGUUCUCACCUGUGCCUCAAUCCUUCAACUCCCUCUUUGAUGGCACCUUGGUGAUCACGUCACAUGAUCACGGGAACACCGCUUUUCAUAAAUGGACACCCCUCCCACACGCCAAUCUUUAAAUAUAAGGCUUUACAAGUAUUACUUGCUGUACACUUAAAUAGGUGCAAGGUCGGAUCAGCCGUUAGCGUUACCACCCUUUCUAAAACAAUCUAGAUACAAAUGAAUCAAGGCUACACUUAGUGUAAGUUUUACAUGAGUAGCGAGCAUUAACUCCAACCAUUGGACCAAAGUGUACAGUAUUGAGUAAGGCUUUUGUCAAAAGCUUCAACACGAAAGGAAUGAACCGCAAGAUAAACAUCCACGACGCUUGCAGUUUGUCCGGAACGUCUUCACUGCGCUUCACUUUUCCCACAUUUUACGAUACUGUACAGCUUUAUUACAAAUUUGAAUCCCUUCCUUUUGUUCUUCAAUUCUACACCCAUAAUGACAACACCUUUUUUUGAUUUUGACCUUGUCGAAAUCAUCUUUUGCUCAGUUCUGACUAGUCUCCCCGCUAUUUCCGCUGAAAAGGCAUUUGCAAUGGCAAGUAGAGAUUUGGGUGCAGUUGGCACACUCUGACGGCGACGGUCAUAGCCACUCUGUAGUAAGACCCACCAUUCGGAAACGUUGCUUUACCGAACUGAGAAUGGAACUAAUCGGUUCAUGAAGCCAUUCAAUCAUCUCGUUCACUCCAAAGAUUUUUUUUUUUAAUUCAAAGGAGAUGUUGAAAUCGAAGCGGUGUCGAAAUCUCUGCCGCUAUCAGAAAAUGUUGGGGCAAUGGCAGACUUGAACUAAAGUGGGAAUUUUUCAUUCCAGCAGGCACGCAUGCGCACCACUUGCAGUAUGUAAAACCCCCGUUUGGGGAAAAGGGGGUACAGACCUGCGUACAUGCAUUUUUUUCAUAAAUACUGAAUUUAGCUUUCUAAAAAAUGUUCAUUAUUAUGAGGUGCUGUGUGUGGACAUUUUUUUUAGGAGUGGAGGGGGCGAUUUUGGAAUAAGGUAAAAUAGAAAAAAGUCAAGUGCAGUGAACACGAUUCAAAAUGUAUUGUACAUGCCAAUAUUCUUGACGCCUUCAUUUCAAAAAACGUUUUUUUAAAAGAAUACACGUUCUCUCGUGUAGUAUUUGGACAGCAACACGGUAUUGUUCGUUUUGUUUCCGUUGUACUUCUCAAACCACUUGAUGGUACAAAAUGGGGUACGCUGUAUCCUUCAGGGCACUUGUGAAAAGGUGCGACGGCGAAGCGUCACGUCCGAGUAGGAACUGUGAAUGGUGUAUAUAAAUAAACAGUAAAGGAAAAUAAAUGUCCAAGUGGAAGAAUCGAGUCACUCGCCUGGGCAAGUUUUGACAUUUACAACCAACAACAAACCCUGCCUCUUCAACAUAACUCUCUUUUGGAGAUAAUGGGCAGAAUGUUCCUGUUCCUGUACUGUAUAACACCGUAGUCAUUUAUAAUAUCUAUUUUUAAAGGUUGAAUAAAGACUGUCUGUUUGGAGAAGGAAAAACGAUUACCUUUGUAUGUUAUUAAUCUUUUAUAUCGAUUAUUUGACAUGUAAGCCUUAACUGUUUUCUCAUCCCAUCUCCAUUAUUCUGUAUUGUGUUCUGCAGUAUUCAGUCCUGUAAACAUUUGUUUUUUUUUUCUUGUUCCCUCAUGCAUGGAGCUGUAAUCUGUAUGAUAACUGUCUAACUUGAGUUCUCAAUGGGAAAAAAAAAAUGAUUGGGGAGGUUUAUGAAACUUUUUUUCCCCCGUCUUGCAUUGUGGCUUCAGAUACUGUUUCGAGACAACUAAAUAUGCACAAUCAAGACUGAAAAGGGUUAGCGGUGUUCAAACUUAAAAAGUACAAGAAAAAAAAAACCCAAAAAAGCUUUGUAUCUUUACCUUGUUUAAUAAAAGAGACCGUUUAAAA